AUGCCCCCAUGGGAUGACAAUGCCAUCCACAGGGCACAAAAUGAGUUCAAGCCCAAGAACAUCAAGAAGAUGAAGAAGAAGGUGAGUAUUAUCAUGUCUGUGGACGAAAACAGAAGGGAUGAGAUGCAGAGAGCCCAGAAUCAGGUGAACAACUUGCAGCAGUCAAUGAACCACAUGCAUGAGCAGCUGAAUUCCAUGGGGAGGCAGUUUACUGAGUUGCAGAGUGCCCUUUCUCAGCUCCUUGAUGACAACAUGCCUAUUAUGGCACCUAAAGCGGAGGGGAUCCAACUGAAGAACGUCACCCCUGCACAGUGGGACAGAAUCCUCCCGAUAGGAAUCAUCCAGAGGGAGGAUCCCAACAAGAACCAAUCAUUCCAACAAUACGUCAUCCCAAUCAAAAACAAUGGAAUGGAACAGAUGGAAUAUCAUGGACCACCUCCACCUCCCAUCAUCCCCAUGGUGGGAUCCUGGGAUGCUGAAGUGAAUGCUCCACGUUGUGGAGAUUUCUAUGCCAGGAGAAAAGAUAUCCGGAGUAGAUAUGUGGCGGAUCCUGCUUUAAUGACCAUCACCAAGCCAGAACACUUCGAGGCCAACCCUCAGAGCCAGGCUGGCAGUUGGCCGGUGGCUAAACCUCAGCACCCAGCACCCCCAGUACAGAAAACACGAAACAGUGGAGGCUGGCUCAGGUGGUUCUUCGGUGAAAAGGAAGAAGUUCUUCAGAUGACAAGGAUACCAGAUGACAAGCCUAAUUCUAUUGUCUGGGAUCAAAACCUGCACAGAUGGGUUGACGCAAGUCCCAUGCCCAAGACUGAGGUAUUCACUUGA